UAUGGAAAAGGGAAGAAACGGUAUAGUCUUCGCCCUUACUGUGCUAAUUAUAUUUCACCACUGUGAGGAGUGUACUGCUGAUGGGGAAGAUACUCUCUCCUUGGGUGCCUCGCUAGGAGGAAAUCAGACAUUAAUUUCAAAUAGUGUAACGUUUGCAUUGGGAUUCUUCAGCCCAAAUGGAACCUCCAACUGGUAUAUUGGCAUCUGGUAUGCUAAACUGGCACAGAAGACGAUCGUUUGGGUGGCUAACAGGGAGACUCCGGCAAAGAAGAGACCCGGCGUUUUCAAGCUGUCAACACAAGGUGGUCUGGGACUGUUUGACGCAGAGGGUACGUCUCUUUGGUCGGUUAACAUGUCGAACAAGGCUUCCCGGGCUGUGAUAUUAGAUUCUGGCAAUUUUGUAGUGCUGAGCGGUGGCAAUAAAUCUGAGAUUGUUUGGCAGAGCUUCGACCAUCCCUUCGAUACCUGGUUGCCAGGGAUGAAGAUCGGCGGAAAGAAAAAGCUAGUCUGUUGGAAGAAUUCAUUGGAUCCGGCUCCGGGGCUUUUUUCUCAUCAGAUGGAUCCGUCGGGGAUCAGACAAUUUGUGAUGAGAUGGAACAAUUCUGUACAGUACUAUGAUAGCGGAGCUUGGGACGGCAAACGUUUCACUCAUAUUCCGGAAAUGUCGUUGAAAGGCUCCUUCCUUUACAGCGUUGAAAAUACUACCUCUGGUUUUUAUAUCAGCUUUGCAUUGUCUCCUGCUCUCAAAGUGCUCACACGUUUCGUCGUACAAAAAUACGGAGUAUUUCAAUUGUAUGCCUUGUUUGAUAACACUACAUGGAGUGUGACCUGGUCUCAGCCCAGAGAUCAAUGCAGCGUAUAUAAUAUCUGCGGCGCUUACGGAAGCUGCACUUCCAAAAAUGUUCUGUCCUGCAGCUGCAUAGAAGGCUUCGUCCCCAGAGACAAUCGCUCCUGGAGUUUGCAGGAUUGGUCCUCAACUGGCUGUAUUCGACAGAUCCCGUUAAAUUGCGAUACCAGAAAUGGAAGCUCUGACGGAUUUCUCGUCUCCAGCGUAACGUUGCCUGAUAAUCAAGCUUCCUCAUACCCUGCAUCCACAAAGAAAGAUUGCGAGAAAGCGUGCCUCCACAACUGCUCCUGCACUGCUUUUACUUUCAAUCCUCCAUCAGAACCAUGCCAAAUCUGGUCUGGGGAUUUUCCAAGCAUGCGCAAUUCUUCAUCACAAAGCAAUUCAGACAUCUUUAUUCGAUUAGCUGCCUCUGCACUUGUGAAGUUUGAUCAUCAACGGCCAUCCUCCAAACGCAAAACAACAGUAAGUAUAGUGGGCGCAGUGCUCGGCGUUGUUGCUGCUCUCGCAAUUGCUUUGUGUAUCUAUUCAUUUUUUAUGUGGCGGAGGAAUCGGCUACGAUCGAUGCAAAUGGGUGCAGAUUCCUCCAAUUCCUUUCUGAGAAUGUUUAGUUAUAGGUAGUU